AUAUAAACAGUGAGCAACUACCUUCAUCAAAAAAUAGACAGAGCAUUUGUAUCAAACGCUUGCGAAACACACUAAUAACGGGUCGCGCAUCUGAUGUCUUACGGGUAUACUUUUUAGUCAUAUGCGUGGUUGCCAUAUACAUUUGUAACUAAGCGUCAUAUUCAUACACGUGCUAGCCGCCGGAUUCUUAUUUUCCUGGGAUAUCUUAUCUUUCGUGACUACGGCACGAUGAGACUGCCAACGGCGCACGUCGUGUGCGCCUUUCUUGCCAUGCUGCAGCUUUGCUAUACAUAUCCGAAGUACUGGUAUGACAACCAGGCGCUUUUAGCUGAUUACAACGCAGCGCUACCCUCACAGCCAGGGUGUGCCGAGCAUCCCACCAUGGCGGUCCUGACGGACAUCUCGCCUCAUGGCAGCCCACAGCCGGCAAACACGGCAUUUGUGAUAGCCGAUGCCGCCUCUACCUUGCCAACAAGCACAUUGUGUCCUGGAGGAAAUUAUACGGCCACGGUGUCAUUCGGGUCAGACUCGGCCGCUGGCCGCUUGGCUAUGUUGACUAUCAACUCCUCUUCCGUCGCCUUCACCUCCCCCGCCCCAACUGCUUCUUGCCCCAACCUGGUGGAUUUGGGCGGCUCUGAAGAGGAAGGGUUCGCCAGCAGCUUCACCGCGGCUUUCCGCGUACCUUGCAGCGUAGCGGGCAGUUCGCUGCUGCUCAAGGUUACUUCCGCCGGGGAAGACGGCUUCGUAGGAUGGGGGCAGAGCGAGACUACCGUUACCGUGGCGGGGCCGGGGUCGCCGCUGCUGGAGCAAGGCGGAGCGUGCGCCACUGUGUCAGCUUCAUGCCCGAACCUGGUCCAAUCCUCGUCCUCGCCAUCCCUACCGAGGCCUCCGCCCCCUCCGCCCUCCCCUCCGCUCGUUCAACCGCCCCCCUCGCCUGCCGCGCUCGCAUCCAAUGACCAGCUGCCCUCCAGCCCCCCAUCCGAGUCGACGGCAGUGGUCUCCAACUCCAGCGGCUGCACCCCCAGUAACCUCAACUACACCUGCAUGGCAACAAGGGGCAAGAUUACCAUCCACUGGAGCGUCAACACCACCUCAGCACCCAGCAACCCCUGCACGCCCGCCACGCGAACCGAGCUGCAGGACGCCGAUGUGGCCGAGAACGGAACCCUGCAUAUCGCAAUCCAGUCCGCUGUGACAGGCUACGUCGCCUUGGGCUUUAGUUCCGACCCGGAGGAGAUGUACCCGAGUGACAUCGUGCUAGGCUACGUGCAGAGCAGCGGCGCGGGCUACCUCAAGACGUUUUACGCGGAGGAAGAGGAUUUGGACGAGAAGGACGUGUGGCCUCCCUCCGGCUCGUCCAGCUGGGCGUACGACAGCGGGGUGCUGCAGAACUCCUCCUCCGGCGUCACCACCCUGUGCUUCAGCCGCCGACUGCGGGACGACCGAGCCAAGGCAUCACCCGACCUGCGGGCGGCCACCGGAGGGGCGGCGGCAGCGGGGGCAGCAAGGCGGAGACUGGCACAAGACGAGGAAGCCGUGGGUGAGCUGACACUCAUCUGGGCCGUCAGCCCCGCCCGAGGCCUGGUGGAGCACACCGCCGACAACGUGGGCGGCUUCUUCCUGGACGUGUCCAGCGGCGGCGCGGUUGAGGCGGAGGGCGUGGACGAGCGCUACUGGAUUAACGUGCACGGAGCGCUGAUGGCGGUGGCGUGGGUGCUGCUGCUGCCGCUGGGAACCCUCCUGCCGGCACACAGGUGGCUGCUUGGCGACAUGAAGAUUUUCGGCAAGCACGCGUGGUUCAUUCUGCACAUGGCCUUCCAGUGGACCGGCAUGGUGCUCUUCUUGGCGGGCUUCAUCGCCGUGUACGUGAAGCUGGAUGAUGGCGGGGAGCUGCCGGGAGGAGAUGUUGGGGAGGCGCAUGAGAAGAUCGGCAUUGCAGUCAUGGCGGCGGCUGGGGCACAGGUGGUGCUUGGGUACGUCCGACCCGACCCCAGCCACCCCAAGAGGGGCUUGUGGAACCUCAUGCACCACUAUCUGGGUCGUGCUGUCGUGCUGCUUGCCUGGGCCAAUGUCUACAUCGGCAUUUACAUUUACCACGUCAGCGAGUUUGAGGCCAAGUACAAGGAGUGGAUCACACCCAUCGCCAUCGUGAUGGGGCUUCUGGCCCUGUUGGAAAUCGUGCUACGAGUGGCAGCGCCGCCGUCGUCCACCAAGCAGCAGCCAGCCUCGCAGCAGUCCUACCUGGUAACGGCGGAUGGAGGCAGCGCAGCGCCGGGCGACGCGCCGGCGGGCGAGCAGAAGGGGCAGGCUGCCGUGUGAUUGCGUGCGGACAAUACCAACAAUUGAGGACUAGGAAGAUGAGAGGUAACAGGAAGCGAGGCAAUUAUACGUACGGUCAAAGAGAGGGCACAUAUAAACAUACAUUCGUGGAAAGGAUUGCAACAUGUGUUAUGAGAUCCGUGUAGGUGCGGAGGCGUGAUAUGAGGGGUAGGUUUGGGAGAAGGCAAGGCAAGGCUGCAGGCUUGCCGGCGAAGAAAGCAGCUUUUAGCACGCAGUAUUGUUUGCCGUUUGCUAGCUUGUGACACCGGUGCAUGUUACGUUUUGAGACCGCACUGUGCGUGAGCGGUUGCGGAGGUGUCUUGAAUAAGGCUGUGCCGUCGCGCGUCCAGCUGUCGUCAGACUGCCUGUGUGUACUCUUGCGUGCGCUGGUGCCAGGCACCUUGUGCGAUCCAUAGCAUGUCAUGUGAGGCAUUUCAUGGGCCAACACACGCCAGCUUCAUUGGAUGGUAGAGGAUAACAGCCCCUCCUCUUUCUGACAUGUUAAACUUAGCGCGCGUAGUAAGCAGUACUUAAUUGCAUGGAGCGUAUGCGUUACGUUGCUGUAUCGUGAUGGGCACGACGAGUAUACGGCAUUUACGGAGUUAUGCGCGGACAGCCUGACACGGUAUUUAUGGUAGCAGCAAAAACCGUUGUCUACGCGAGGAAGUAAUUAGUGAGUAGUAGCUCGUAAGCGCUCCGCGAUGCAGUGCGUCGUUUCGGUCCAUAAACUCAGCCUCUGCCGCAACAGUCUGACCUCCGCGCGCAAGCUUGUAAACCACACUACACAUUUGCAUAGGAAAGCAAUGUCGGUAACGCGUGCGGCGACAAACGGCCAACAAGCUAGCUUUAUAACGGAUGACCAGGAGGCAAGCACCUUGGCCUCCACGUUUAAGACAGUUGCCGUCCUGGGCAUAAAAACGGAGAAGCAAAGCAACCAGGCUGCCUUCUACGUGCCGGAGUACCUUGCCAACGCAGGCGUGCAGGUUGUGCCAGUUCCGGUGUACUACAACGACGUGACCGAAAUCUUAGGCCGGCCAGUCUUCCGGUCUGUCACCGAGGCCGCACGGCAGGCUGGGCCCCUGGACUGCGUGGACGUAUUUCGGAAACCUUCGGACGUCGUGCAGCACAUAGACGACAUCAUAGCCGCAGCGCCGCGGUGUGUCUGGCUGCAGAGCGGCAUCCGCUGCCCGGAAGCGGAGGAGGCCUGGGUUCGUGCCGGCAUUACAGUCGUUGCGGACAAGUGCUUGAUGGUCCUCCACCGUCAGGCAAAGUUGUGAAACGUGGGGGCAUGGAGCAGGUUGCAAUUGUCCUUAGUCAUGAUCUCGUUAGCAUAGUGCGGCGCACCUGCUUUUACAGGGCGGGCAGCCGAUAAUGUAUGCAGGAAUAAAUGACAUGCAUGGCCACUGAUGGUGUAGCUGGCUUGCUGCAUUUUCGUAUACACGAUCGAAGACGAACCGGCAGCAGCCCCUUCUCCUCCCAGCUGGGAGUCGAGCGGCCGCGUGUGGUUCGUAAGGGUGCUGUUCUACAGCUUGUCGCGGUCGCCCCUCUGCCCUGGAAUAUCCGGAUUGAGUAGAGGGUCGGUGGUGUUGUAAGCAUAUUUCGCGCUUCUUCCGCUAGCCGUAAGAAGUCGAUGCUAUGUACGGCAUUACGAAUAGCAACGACGAACACUAGGCAGCCACGUAUUGGAUUGGCCAAAUACCGCUCUUUUCGUAUACAUAAUGUAAUGUUGUUCGUCAGAGAGUAAUUUAUACCUG